UCUCACUCCUUCCUCCUCUUCCUCUUCUUCUUCUUCUUGGACAGAAUCACACGGCAGCGUCAUCAUGUCGUUUAUCCGCGCUCUCCUGCAGCAGACGGUUUAUCUGGGCAUGCCCGAUGACUCAGUGUUGAUGAACGAGGGGACAGUGAGGCCGGCACCAAACUUCAGUCCCAGCGCUGACGUCGCAGCUUUGGAGAAAGCCAUCAACGUUAAAGGUGUGGACGAGAAGACCAUCAUUGAUGUCCUGGUGAAGAGGAGUAACCAGCAGAGACAGCAGAUCAAACAGGCUUAUCAGCAGACCACCGGGAAGCCUCUGGACUCGGCGCUGAAGAGCGCUCUGAAGGGAGAUCUGGAGGACGUGGUUCUGGCUCUGCUCAAAACCCCGGCCCAGUACGACGCUCAGCAGCUCAAACUGGCCAUGAAGGGUCUGGGCACAGAGGAGGACACGCUCAUCGAGGUUUUGGCCUCAAGGACCAACAGAGAGAUUGAGGAGAUCAAGAAAGUUUAUAAAGAGGAUUACAAGAAGGAGCUGGAGGACGACAUCAGGUCUGACACCGGGGGAGACUUCAGAGCUGCUCUGCUCGCUCUCUGCAAGGCUGUCAGGACUGAGGGCGUGGUCGAGCAGCUGGUCGACAGUGAUGCUCGCGCUCUGUACGAGGCUGGAGAGGGAAGGAAGGGCAAGGACUGCUCAGCCUUCAUCGAGAUCCUCACCACCAGGAGCGCUCCUCACCUCUGCAGAGUGUUUGAAAGAUAUUCCAAGUACAGUAAAGUGGACGUGGCCAAAGCCAUUGACAUGGAGAUGAAAGGAGACAUCGAGAACUGUCUCACUGCUUUAGGUAAAGACACAGACAUCAAACUCAUCGACACGUCUGUGCACACAUUUAAACUCACACAUUUAAACUCUGGUCUUUCAGUGAAGUGUAUUGGAAACAGACCUGCUUUCUUUGCCGAGAAGCUGAGCGUGGCCGUGAAGGGCAAAAAAAAGAACAUCCUGACUCGUAUCAUGGUGAGCCGCUCUGAAAUUGACCUGAAGCUGAUCAAAGACGAGUACAAGAAGAACUACGGCAAAACUCUGUACAAGGACAUUCUGGACGACACCAAAGGAGACUAUGAGAGGAUUCUGCUCGCUCUCUGCGGCUCUGAAAACUAAAAAAAACAAUCAGCGGCGUCAAACAUCAAAUGUGACCAAACAUCCACCACCUGUGGGAGAAAGAAAUGACAUUUAACCUCUUGACACAUAUUGUGCCUCACGCUCCUGUGCGUGGAGAGCGGACACGUCUGCUGUCUCGUCUCCACGUCUGACUGUCCUAACAUGUAACGUGUAACGUGUAGAAGCAACCGGCAAAAGUUUAACACAGAGUCUGCAUGGCCUCAGCUGAUUUUAUAUAUAUAUAUAUAUUCUCUUUGUUUAUGUUUAGUCCCCUGUUUUCUCCCCACACUCUUUUAACGCUGCAGUGUUUCCAACGCACACGCAUUAGAUUCUCACUCUCUACUGUUUUAAAGAGUUCCAGUCGUUAUAAUCGACGCUCACUCACAGAAACAUCAGAAGCAAACACGUGUUAGUUACUGUUUCACUCACAGGAGUCAACUUGAAGGAGCUUGGAUUUGCUGCAAAUAAACCUUUUCAUGAAG